AUGCCGUUGAUUACUGAAAGGUCACAGGACGGCCUGUCCUUAAAGUCUUGGCGAGGCUCGGGUACCACCAGAGGCGUGGUCCAAGAGUGCGGUGGUGCUAUUAAGAAAGGUGAUAAGUCUUUCUUGGAGAAUUACGAACCGAUCUCACAUCUGAGCCAAAUGAUACAAGAUACGGAAAAGCAUAAUCAACCGCUGUGUAUGGCAUUUGUGGACUACGAGGAAGCCUUUGAAUCGACCGAGAACUGGACUAUCCUAGAUGCUCUGCAGAGAUGUCAUAUAGACUCGCGAUAUAUUGAGGUACUGAGAUAUAUGUACAAAGCGGCGAGCAUGACUGUGUAUAUCUAA